AUGUUUGAUAAAGAGGUUUUUGUGGGAAGGGCACUUCAGAAUGGAGAUAAUAAAUUCAUUAUAUCCUUGGGCGAUAAAUUCUUAUUAAAAACAUUACCUUUUUAUGAUAAAUAUUAUUACAGAAGAUCAGAGAAAGAAUUAAGAUUAGCAGACGAAAUAACAUAUAAUGAAUUGGUUGAACGGAUAAUAGAAGAUGGCAAGAAUAGCAAAGUUAGAUUUAGUGAA